AUGUCAACUGAAUCCACCACACCAGCAAUCAACAGGUUAGUGUUGUUGUAUGACAAGCCAAAGUACUAUCAUACCAUAAUGCUCCUAAAAGAGCUUAGAGAAUUGGAGAAUAACUUUAUAACUGUAAUUGAGAUAGAAACUAUUGACAAAUUCCUUAAAGAGACCACCAUAACAUCAGUCAAGUUUCAACAUUUACACAUGUGCAUUGAGUACAAUGACCAAUUCAAAGCUAAUUUGCAAAAGUUUAUCAAUUUCUUGAAAAACAAUCAAAAAAUGAUUGAUGAUAUUGGAGAUCUUUCUUAUCAUAUUCAUUUUGAACCUGGUAAAAAAUGGAAGGAAUACACCAAAUCCGAAGUAAAAAAGUACACAGAUUUUUUGGAGGUGCUUCGUGAUGCCGGAGCAAGCAAAGUAGUCCAUUGUUCAGUAAUCAACAAGUACGAUAUGGACACCGUAUAUAUCACGGAGAAAGAGGACUUAGUUAAACUUGGAAAAGAGAUCCAGCUGGACAUUCAGUUUUGGGAAAAUCUCGAAAUUCUAGAUUAUGGAGAAAGCAGCAUUCGAUUUUUGCCCGGGGUGAAAUUACCGGAUUCUUUGAAGAUCUUGAAUAUUGGAGGUGGCUACGCCUUGGAGACUUUAGCUGGAUUCAAGAUGCCGCCAAAGCUUGAACAGUUGUCUGCUGGACAAGGAGCAAUGCCCUCAAUUGAUGAUAUCGUUUUCCCACCCACCUUGAAAAGUUUGGAGAUUCCUGAAAACAAAAUAUAUUUCCUAGACUAUGUGAAGUUCCCACCUUCUUUAAAGGAUCUCGAUGCUUCCCAAAACCGAAUUGAAUCUUUAAGAGAUGUUAAUUUUCCGAGCGGCCUAGAGACACUCAGCCUCUGCUUUAAUCCGAUCGAGAGCUUGAGAGGAGUCAAGUUUCCCGAGUCACUACAGCUAUUGGACAUUUCCAAUAUUCCCAAUGAAUCUAUGGCUGGUGUCAAAUUUCCAGAGCUGCUAGAGGUGUUGAACUUGCAGUCGUCAAUGACAACUACAAGAGGUUUAAAACUACCCCAACGUUUGAAGCAUUUAAUAUUAAGUGGGAACGGGAUUAAUAGCAUAAACCCACUAAAAUUGCCAAACACUAUUGAAAUUUUGUAUUUAAAUCAAAACCACAUUAAAACUUUGAACAAGGUUGUUUUCCCUCCCAACUUGCGUGAACUAUAUUUAGGGGUCAAUCUUAUCACGACUUUGAAAAAUGUAUCAUUCCCUGCUACUAUCGAAGUCCUAGAUUUUGAGCAGGAUCCAUUUUUUUAUGAUAACGACAAACAAAUUACUACAUUAAAGGAUGUGAUUUUACCGCCAAAUUUGAAGACAUUGAAAUUAUCAUACCACGGAAUCAAAACAAUUGAAUCGUUCGAGUUUCCUGCUACUUUGCGAUACCUUAGUCUAGCCUACAAUGAACUUCGGUUAAUCAGGAAUGUCAAGUUUGGGAACCACUUGAAAACAUUGGAUUUGAGUGGGAAUCAGGAUUUACAAAGCCUUGAUAAUGUAAUUAUCCCCGAAUCAGUCACAGAGUUGAGAGUUCCACCUCAGUUGGUUGCUAAUUUACCAGCCUAUGUCAUCGAGAGAGCAAAUGAAAAUAGACUUAUCAUCAAGAAAGAUGAUGCUGAUUCUGAGUAG